GUCCAUUUGGUAUCUAAGCCUACUUCUGGUAGUACAGUUGGAGCUCGUAGCCUUCAUUCUGCUGUUUUAGGUGAUUCAGGAAGUUCACCGAGCAAUCAAGUUUAUAUUCUUGACAUACGAAAUUACACAUGGAUUACAACUUUUGAUGCAUUAGAUUUUAACAAACCUAAUCCAAAAACUCCUUCUUCAAGUGAUAUAAUCUCGUCAAAAAUAAAAUUAAUUAUUGGUCUUUGUGUAGGCAUAUUUUGCCUUAUUUGUUUUGCAAUCGCUGGAUUCUUCCUUUAUAAGAAGUAUCAACGUAGACACCAAAUUUUUGAUACGCCUGGUUCUCAGGAAAUAGACUAG